AUGAAAGCUUUAUAUACGUUCCUCAUUGUCCUGGGUGUCGUUCUGGUACUGGUUACUAUUCUAGUUUGUGGUUUCUUCAUAAGGAAAAAGAAAGAUAAAGUAUCGAUCAGUCAUGUUGACUAUCCUCUAGAAUACUGGAAUGAUCGAGAAUAUAUUGAUAACAUCGUAGAGAAACGAUACACGCCGAGUUCUACGUUCACCGUCAAUCCUGUCUUUGACAAUAAAAGCUAUGGUCAAACUAGAUAUAAGAAAAAGGAGGAAUCAGAUUAUAAGAAACGAAAAGGCACGUCUACUAAAGACCAGAUCAGUGGUGGAAACGAGAAACCAAAGAGAUCAAAUGCUUUUAGAACUGUUUCUAAUGGUUCUGCGUCUAGUAACACCGAUCGUCCGAGGAAAACAAAGCAUGAUUAUACUGACAAAUACCUAGCUACUGCAACAGGAAGUAACUUUUACAACUACAAUCCGACACAGACGCAAGACGUUGUCAAGAAAACUACAGACCUUGAUGUAUCUACGGAGGACGAAUGUGACCGAGCACGUGGCCAAACUGACCAAUCAGGAACAAGUUCGUUCACAUCACCGAAAAUAAAAGGAAAACAGAAAGGAAAACAUGCUUCAAAAGGAGCUGGAAAUGAUGAGUGGAACGAACAUUGUCCUGAUGUUAUUGAAGACAAUCUGUAUUCAAUGAGCUAUAAGGAACAUCUCCGUCGCAGUCUGGAUUACUGGUCAGCUGAGGAAUCAGAUGCUUAGAUUUGUCUAAUCAAAGUGAUAAACCAGACAACACUUAAAUGUGACAAUUGCAAAUAUUUUUUAUUAUAAUUGCAAACAUCUAUUUCUUUAAUUAUUAACCAUUAUUGAAAAUGUUUCCUAUAUUAAUUCAUGAUAUUUAAAUGUAUAUCGAGUACAUAAUUUCAAUUUCAAGAUAUUUUAAGUUUUACA